AUGUUUUGGAUAGCUUUAAGGUUCUUCAAGGAUUUUCCGCCUCACUACCCAGGCAACAAAGCAUUCAACAAUCCCUGCCCUCUCUCGUCCACCCACUCCCCUUAUCCCUCACCCCUCAUCCCGCACCCGCAUCCUUCCUUCCACCUCACUACCCAGGCAACAAAGCAUUCAACAAUCCUUGCCCUCUCUCGUCCACCCACUCCCCUUAUCCCUCGCCCCUCAUCCCGCACCCACAUCCUUCCUUCCACCUCACUACCCAGGCAGCAAAGCAUUCAACAAACCCUGCCCUCUCUCUUCCACCCACUCCCCUUAUCCCUCACCCCUCAUCCUGCACCCGCAUCCUUCCUUCCGCCUCACUACCCAGGCAGCAAAGCCUUCAACAAUCCUUGCCCUCUCUCUUCCACCCACUCCCCUCAUCCCUCCCCCUCAUCUCCCUGCUCCUUCCUCCAUAUCCUCCAUCAUCCCCCUCUUAGCACUCAUCUCUGCCAGCACUCCAGGGGAAGGCACCUCCAUGACCAGGCAGCAAAUCCUUCAACAAAUACUGCUCUCUCCCCUCCCCUCCUCCUACCCCCCCUCAUCUUUCCCCAUCACCCCCAUGCUCCUUCCUCCAUAUCCUCCAUCAUCCCCCUCUCUGCAUUCAUCUCUGCCAGCAUGCCAGGGGAAGGCACCUCCAGUAGAGUGACCUGUAACCAUAAUCACUCCUCUCCCUCUUCCACCUCCCACUACCCUCAUUCUCAUCCCUCUCCCUCGUCCCUCUGCUCCCCCCCCAUAUCCUCCAUCAUCCCUCUCUCUGCAUUCAUCUCUGCCAGCAUGCCAGGGGAAGGCACCUCAAUGAUCAGACUGCUCUGUCCCCUCACCCUCCUCCUACCCUCCCUCAUUGGUCCCCCUCGUCCCCAUGCUCCCCCCCCAUAUCCUCCAUCAUCCCCCUCCCUCGUCCCUCUGCUCUCCCCCCAUAUCCUCCAUCAUCCCCCUCCCUCGUCCCUCUGCUCCCCCCCCAUAUCAUCAUCCCCCUCCCUCGUCCCCAUGCUCCCCCCCCAUAUCCUCCAUCAUCCCCCUCUCAGCAUUCAUCUCCGCCAGCAUGCCAGGGGAAGGCACCUCAAUCUCCUGUGCCACCAGCUGCCAUUGGUCCACGCCAGCCCGCCCAAUCGCGGAGCUCGACGAGUCAUUAACCCCGGGAGUGACCCACAUAGUGUCACAGGUGGUGCGCCUGGAUCCGCCAUGUUUGGCAUGUUCACCGCAGGUCUCGCUCCCCGUAACGCUGUUUCUGUGAUAGCUGCUGUUGUUUCUGUCGUCGCUAUUGCUCCCGCUGGUACCAUUGCAGAUCGGAUAAUCUCGUGA